AUCCAAGAACGAAAAUAAUUUGAAGAAGACAUGUUUUUUAUGAAUCAAAUUCGUGUGUAAAGAGAGUGAGAGGGAGGAUGAAGAUAUGUAGUGAAUGAAGAGGAAGAGGGGUGCUUGUAUUUAUAGUUGAAAUCCUGCCGACAGACCGAGGAAAUUCCGACGGAAUUCCGAUGCCAACGGCUAGUUCGUCGGAAUUUCCUCGGAAUUUUUAAAAUCCCCCAACGCCUCUCCAACGGCUCUUUAACGGCUAUAAUAUAUCAUCGGAAUUCAUCGGUUUUUUCUGAGGAAUACAUUUUUCCUCGGUAUUCCAUAAGAAUAUUCCAACGGAUUGAUAUUUCCUCGGAAUUCCGUCGGUAUAUUCCGAGGAAAUUCCGAGGAAACCAAAUUUUGUGUUUCCUCGGAAAUUCCUCGGGAUAUUCCGAGGAUUUCAUUUUCCGUCGGAAUGUCCGUCAGAAUACCACUGUUUUCUUAUAGUGAAAGGUUCAGAGUUUAUCCAAGGGUUCAUGGUUUAGUGAUUUGGAUUUAGGGUUUAGUAUUAUUAAGUUUUAGUUUUAAUGUAUGAUUUAGGGUUUAAGAUUUAACCAAAAGUUUAGGGUUUAUCCAAAAGUUUAUGGUUUAUCCAAAGGUUUAUAGUUUAGGGUUUAGGGUAUAAGGUUUAGUAUUUUGCUGACGUUUAACAAUAUUAAUUAAUUUAUUUUUUUAACUAUUACUAUUUUUAUAUAUUUUUAUUUUUUAUUUUAAAAAUAUAAUAUAAUUUGGAAAUUCAAUUUUGUUUCCUUUUUUAAAAGAUAUCAAAUAUCAAAUACUCAAACAUUAUUGGUUGGCACCUUAGGGGGUGAACCCAAGAAUAACUCAUAUAUAUAAACAUCUUUUCAUUUUAAAAUUGGAAUAUAAUAAAUGAUCAUAAUAAUUUUACUACCCAUAAAUUUGUUUUUUUGGUAAAACUUAACACCAAACGUAUCUCUUCGGAUCUUCAGAGGUCAUCACUGUCGAUGUCCAGACACAUCUGUGAUAAUGUAUUAUUGAUAAAGUCCAAACGAAUCAAACAUGAUUCACGUGUUUAGACAUUUGUCUUAAAAUUUGGAUAUUACUGAAUCGAGUAAUGAUCCGUUUCGUACAACUUUAAGGAAAACGAAUCGACAUGACGUUAACGUGUUUCAUACAACUGUGUUAACAUUUUACCAAACCAUCCGUUUCCUACAGCUUAAAAGAAAAUACCAAAAACAUCAGUGCAAAAAAAUAUUAUCAGUAAAAUUUAGAAAGUGAAAUCAAAAUUAAAUUAUGCAAUAUACAUAAAUUAAUUUUAUUUUGGAACUUAUAGUAUUUGUUGUUUUAUACUAAUUUUACAAAAAAAUAUAAGGAGAAAUUUGCUCUUCUACCAAAGAACUAUCCUAUAAUUAACAAUAUACCAAAACUCAAUAUUUUGAUAUUGUUGGUAAUUAAUCGUGACUCUGUUGCCCCUAUAUAUCUCCUAUGAAUACUACUAUUUGACAUAGACAAAAUCUUGUUAAAAGAUUUUGGGAGAUUUGGUUCUACUCAUAUCUUGCUUUAAUGUGAGAUCAAACAUAGUUCUAUCCCCUACGUCUUUGAAUAUUGUCAAACAAUUUGAAAGUGGAAAUUAUUUUCUCUCUCUAUUAGUCCACAACAUUUUGUUAUUAAAUCCUGCAUCUUUUCAUCUUUCUCCGUUCUGAUUUCUAUUUACACCCUAUUUUGAAGACGUUGAGCAUAUUGUUUACCAAAUAUAGUUCUUUUGUCUGAGCUUAAAACAUUUAUUUUCUCUGUAGGAAGCUCGUGCUUUUAAUAUUAUUAUUUCUAGAUGAAGAAAAGUUCAAAGAGAAACAAAAUUAUUUCUAGACGAAGAAAAGUUCAUUGGAGUUACGUUUUCCGGUUCUAAUGUAAAUAAUUGUAACUUAGUUUAAGUUCUAACGCUAUCUAUAUAUUGUAAAGUGUUUACCUCUAAUAAAAAUCAUAUUCCAUAAUCUUCAAAGAUAAGCCGAGGAACCUGCAACAUCUCUAUUUAAAUUUAUUACCAGCUGGUAAAAUUUUUAGCUGUAAUUUUUUUUAAAUGGAUAGAAAUUUUUUUGUACCAUAACAGUGAAUUCUGGAUAAUUGAAAGUUAGAUUUCUCAUUAUCGUUAACAUGCUAUCAAACAAGUUACAAAUUCAACUACAAGGAGUUUCGAUUUAUGGCUAAAAAUAUAGUGUAAGGGUAUCAUAAUUUAUAGCUAAUAUUAUUAUUGACAUGUUCAUUAAUUGUGUUAGCCAUCCAAAAAAUGUGUUAACUAUCCAUGAGGAAAACUGGACAUCUGAUAAUUGACUUAUAUUUCUUCUCCAUCUACCAGGUCUUAGACUUAAGGAAAUUGUAUAUAACGUUUAGUUUAUCGUAAUAUAGUGUCAAGGGUUUAUGAUCAAUGGUUUAGGGUCUAAGGUGUUGAUGUUGGGUUAUAUGGUAUUGAUUUAGGGUUUAGGGUAUUUUUUGAGGGUUUAUUGUAUUUUUUUAGGGAUUAGGAUUUAUGAUUUCUCUGUAUGAUUUAAUGUUUUGUAUUAUAAUGGUAAGAGGUUAUAAUCAAUUGUUUAGGGUCAAAGCUGUUGCUAUUGGGUUUAAGGCUUAUGGUAUUGAUUUAGGGUUUAUGCUUGGUUUAGGGUUUAGAUUUUAGGGUUUAGGGUUUAUGAUUUGUGUACGACAUAGGGCUUAAGGAUUUUGUGAUUGUAAAACAGCCAAACUUGUACAUAUUAAGUCAAUUUGUUACAUACACAGUUACAAGGAAGUUUAACCAUGCAAAACAAGCCUUAACCACACUAAAAUUUCAGAUAACAAUCUUCUCAAGCCCAUGAAAACAACGGCGUCCAAACACUAUCAACCGUUACAAAAGGUUUAGCCUCCCAAAAACAAACUGAACCCGAGUUAAAUUUUACAAUAACCGUCUUCCACGAUCCGAAAACAUAGGCGAUAAACAUGGGUGGAUUGGCAUUAGUAGACGGCUGUAGUUUGGAAGUUCUGCAGUCCAAUCCCUACAAAGAAUAAGAAAUAGAAAUGUAAUGAACAUAACUUACGAUAUCUAAGCUUAUUUAGGAAAAUAAUGCAUAACAAUAUUUUCCUUCUAAAUGUAUAUUUACAUGGAUAUCUCUUUUAUUAACUGUCCAAUUGUAUUACUUGGAUAAUACAUACCAAUCGCACCCGCCGCAUACACUAUUAAGUAUCAUUCACCAUGUAUGUAAUGCAACCCCAAUCACCAAUAGAUAUACAUAGGUAAGUUUCUAAAACUAUUGUCCAACUAAUAUAUAUUGUAGAUGGUCUAACAAAAUUGUUAUCUGGCUACUAUUAUAUUUACACAUCCAACUAAAUAAUUGUUAUCUAUCUACUAUAAUUUUUUCUAUAUUUCACUCUAAAAUAGAAUAACUCUAUUAUAUAGUUGGAUUUGCCUCCCAAAAACAAACUGAACCCGAGUUAAAUUUUACAAUAACCGUCUUCCACGAUCCGAAAACAUAGGCGAUAAACAUGGGUGGAUUGGCAUUAGUAGACGGCUGUAGUUUGGAAGUUCUGCAGUCCAAUCCCUACAAAGAAUAAGAAAUAGAAAUGUAAUGAACAUAACUUACGAUAUCUAAGCUUAUUUAGGAAAAUAAUGCAUAACAAUAUUUUCCUUCUAAAUGUAUAUUUACAUGGAUAUCUCUUUUAUUAACUGUCCAAUUGUAUUACUUGGAUAAUACAUACCAAUCGCACCCGCCGCAUACACUAUUAAGUAUCAUUCACCAUGUAUGUAAUGCAACCCCAAUCACCAAUAGAUAUACAUAGGUAAGUUUCUAAAACUAUUGUCCAACUAAUAUAUAUUGUAGAUGGUCUAACAAAAUUGUUAUCUGGCUACUAUUAUAUUUACACAUCCAACUAAAUAAUUGUUAUCUAUCUACUAUAAUUUUUUCUAUAUUUCACUCUAAAAUAGAGUAACUCUAUUAUAUAGUUGGAUUUGCUCCAAUGGUUCACUCUAUAAUAGAGUUACUCUAUAAUAGAGUGAAAUAUAGAGUAUUUUUGUUUUUUAACUCUAUAUUUGGAGCAAAAAAAUAAAAUUACUCUAUAUUUCACUCUAUUAUAGAAUAACUCUGUUAUAGAGUGAACCAUUAGAGAAAAUUCAACUCUAUAAUAGAGUAACUUUAUUUUAGAGUGAAAUAUAGAGAAAAUUAGAGUGUACCAUUGGAGAUGCCCUUAUAGAGUGAACCAAUAGAGCAAAUUCAACUCUAUAAUAGAGUUACUCUAUUUUAAAGUGAAAUAUAAAGAAAAUUAUUGUGUACCAUUGGAGAUGUCCUAACUACCUAGAAAGCAAGGAAAAUGGAACCCUCUUCCCAGAAAAAGCAAGUGACGAACAAGAAACAAACAUGCUCAUCACAAGGUUAACCAAAAAAAAAAAGGGUUAACCAAAACAUCUAAUAAAAGAAACAAGUCUUUGAGAUUGGAAAGGAAGGAGCCAUUUGCAGCUGCCUUGACUUUGGUUCAAAAGCAUGAGGAAUCUUUGAAAGAGAAAACAAAAGCAAAAAUUGAUGAAGCAAAUAAUUGAGUACAAAGUAAUUAGCCUCCCUUCAUGGUGUCAACAUUAUUUAGAAAUGAUUAAAAUUCUACGUAGAAAGAUGCUAACAGAAAUCUGAUAAAUUUUGAGUAUGUUUAAUCAUUAUUAGUUUUAUCUCAAAUAAAUUAAUAUAAUAUGAAUAUUAAUGCUUUAAAAUUUUAUUUUUAUUUAUUACAUGUGGGUCAAAAUUGUCUCAUCACAUAUAAAUAAGUAUAGUUUUCAAAUUUAUUUAAAGACAAUGUAUUCUCCAAAUUUCAAAACAUAAGUAGGGUAUUUUUCAAAAUAUCCCUUAAUAUUAAGUUUGGAAAAGACUGUUACAAUAGUCUAUUACAAUACCCAAGAGACAACAUAUGGAGGAUUAUUGAUUCUGGCACACUUGGCUAACUCAUCUGCUUCUCGGUUCCUUUGGCUUGUAUUUUUCGAAACUGAUAAUUUUGCUUUGUCGUAAACCAAAUAUCAUCCAGAUAUCCCUGUAUACUUGCAUUUUAGUAGGCUCUCUUCGGUGCUUCAUGUCAUUUUCUGAAGUGUUUGAUAUAGUUUUGCAUUAUCACCAAGUCUCCGAAGUGUUUGAUAUAGUUCUGCAUUAUCACCAAGUCUCCCAAAGCUGUAACAGUUGCUUCCUUUAGCGCCAGGGCUUCUGCUUCCAAAACCGUAUCAGUUGGGUCUAUGGAUGAGGUGAGGAUCCGUGAACUAUUGGUUUUUAAAAGAUCCAUCCUAUUCCACCUUGCUAUUUGCGUUGAUCCAUGAAGCAUGUAUACAACAUGUUGCAGUAACAUUAGGAACUAUGCAGUCUUGACGUAAAGUAGUGCUCCUUUUUCUCACAUCUAACGGGUUUGAUACCAAGUAAGAUGUUGUAUCGUUAGCAUCUACCCAUAGUUUAUAUUCUAGAAAAGCCUGAUUUAUAAUAUCGGGUAUUAAUAGACACUACCGUUACCCCUUGAAAUUGAUAUCAUUACGUACCUUCCAAAUUUUCCAACUCACAAACGAGAAAAUUUGUACUUCCCCAUUCUUUCUAUAUGUAAAAGCAAAACAGGAGACUAACGCAAUCCAAUAUAUUUGACCGACCUCGAGUAUUAGGAUGGGAGGAGAAUUCCCAAACUUAUUUCGCUAGCUAGUCAAAGAGUAAAUGUUGAGUUUUCACCAUAGCUUCUCCAUAGAAACCCACAUUCAACAUUGUACCUUCAACACUACAAGAAAACAUGCGUUUAACGACCACACUUUUGGUCGUUCGGCGUUAUCACCUACUAAGACGAAACGUAAUUCGUUAUUAAUCGCGCGUUGUAACGGAAAUUUCGUCGUAACAUUUACGACGAAAGGGGUUCGCCGUUAUUUUCUCGUAAACCGUUUCAUCGUAACAUAUUCGAAACUUUAUGUUUAAAUUCUUGGUCGUUUUUUCUCGUAAUGUUUAGUCAUUAAGCAGUCGUAAAGUUUGAUCAUUAAGCAGUCGUAAACUUUGGUCGUUAAGACAAUGUUAAAUGGUCAUGAAUAUUACGACAAAUUAACAUCGACAGUCGAUGUUAAUUGGUUGUAAGGCUUACAUCGAUUCUCGAAUUUGAAAAUGAAAAAAAUGAUUUUAUUGAAACUUUUUCAUAGAAAAUUGAAAAUUUAUAAAAUAUAAAAUUAAAUCUAAUAUGUAAAAUAGUUUAGUAACCAAAAUACAAACCGAAAAACUAUUGCUAACGGUUAAAGUCGUCAAACAGCUGGGAACUAUGGUCAAUGGCCCAUCGCUCCAUUUCCUCUUGCUCAUCUGCAGUGGGUUCGCGGUGAACGGUUGGGUGUACACUCUGCCACGCCCGUGAAGUUGCCGGGUUUUCUUCCGCGAGGACAUCAAACAUCCCCUCCAUGGCUCUCAACUGAGCCUUAGUGUCAUGUUGUUCCUCACAAAGCUCUGAUACAGGGGCAGACCUAGGAAAAUAUUUUAUAUGGAGCACAAUUAUAUAUUAUUUAUUUAAAAUGUUUUUAAUAUUCUUUCAAAAAAAUAUUUUUACUAUUUUUAUUAUACUAGUAGAAAAGUAAUUUAUGUUUACAGUAAAUAUUUAAUUAAUUAAAUAUUUUUCUGUUAGUUAAAAUAUGUAAUUUUGUGAAAUACAAAAAAAUAAAUUUUCAUAUAUAUAUUUUACAUUUUAAAUAUAUUUAAUACAAGAUAAGAAUGAUAAAUUUUAAAUUUUAAACAAUUAAUGUUAUUAUUGUUAUUUAAUCACAGAAAUAAUAUAUUUAUUAUUAGGUUUUAAUAUAUUUUUUAAUAAGCAUAAAAUAUAAAAAUAUUUAUUUAGGGAGUAUAAAAUAAGAAAUCUGAAAUCCAAGAUUGAUAUGUACUAAAAAAAGCUGAACAAAUUAGACAUAUAUAACCAAUUUAAAAGAUAUUUAAGAGAACAAAAAUGGAAAAAAAUUUAAUAUAAGAACAAAAAAGUAAUUAGACACAUUAAAUUAGGUAAUAGCAAAAUAAAUUAAAUAAAAGAUGGGAGUCGGGAGAAUAAUAUAGUCAAACGUGAGAGUGUGUGACACCAUUGACUUAAUUUAGGCAAAUAUGCUAGAUUCACAUGCUCAAAAUUAUGUUACAAACAAAAAAUUAUAAAGUUAGUAUGGGGCAUGUGCCACCCUCUAUGCAGGUAGAUCCGCCCCUGCUCUGAUAUGAUGUUGUUGGCCCUCGUCAAAUCUGCCGGAGCUUUCCGAGAUGUUGGGCUUGAGCUGUUUCCAUUGGACCAUUACCCACCCACAUUUCGAGGGGGCUUAUUAAAGUCCCACAUCGUGUGGUGACAUGGUUAUUGGGCAAUAUAUAUGUGUAUAGGCAAUCCUCCACUCAUGAGCUAGCUUUUGGGUGUGAGUUAGGCCCAUCACUAAUAAAUUUUAAUAUUUAAUUAGUAAAUAAGAUAAAAAUGUAUAUGUCUACUUGACAGAUCAUUAAGUUUCUCUGUACGGCUAAAGUCACUGAGAUUCAGCUAGGAGAGGGUUGGUGUUAUAUUUGGCUGCUCAAAUUGUUCAGAGAAACUCAUUCGAGAGGAGACCUCAUUCACGUGUGUCUCAUGCAAUGAAACCAAUGCUGUGGCUGAAUUCAGAUGACACUGGCACAUGGGCUUUCCUUGGCUUUAAUGCAGAAGUCACUAAACUGACUCAUGUUCUAGCUUUUGAAGCUGCACAGAUUGUGGGUAUAGGUCCUACUGCUCAGGUCGACGUUCAUCUACCUCGCUCAUUUGCUGACAUUGUGAGAAAUACCUAUACUUUCCAGCUCAAGUUGAAGGACUUCAAUAUUACUGUGAACCACCAGGCCUUCACCAUUUCCCGCAUAUUCCAUGCACGUGAUCUCGCAUCCAUUAUAACCUUCGUUGAAGUUGGAGAGGUUACCAAGCCAGCACUUCUUCAGAAUGUGUCACCAGGAUCAGAAGAUAUAGCUGCAAUCACGUCCAAUGUUGCAGAGCAUUCCACCGCAGCUGAUGGUGCAAUUCCCGGACAUGAGGCAGUAGCUAAGGAACAAGUUGAUCUGGAAGAGAAUGCCAGUAAGAAAGCACGUGUGGAAUGAACCUAGAACCCAAACAACCACGAAUAGUCGGAAUCAGUUACUGUUUUAGCAUCUUUCAAUUUCGCUUAUUUCGAUUUUUUUUUUCUUUUUUUUUAUUAAACAAAAAGUCUGAGUCGUGGCUGUUGUUCUUUCUUUUAUCAAUGCAAAACUUCUUAUAUAUUAAAAUAGAAGUCACAACCUUAAUUCAUGUGUGAUUUUUUUUAAAAUGAACUACUUACUAGAGUUGGUCACAAUACAUUUUCAAUCCUUAAUAAUAGUUGUAUUAAAUAAACGACAAAAUUAACUAUUCAGAUCGACAUGUACUAUAUAUCUAAUCUAAAUCAAAAUGAACUAAUAUCAUCUUCACAUAUAUAACAUUGCCUACGAAAAUAUAUAAAAUAAUCAAGAGUGCUUUUGUUUUUCAGAUCGACAUGUACUAUAUAUCUAAUCUAAAUCCAGUUUCUGAUUUGUAAUAAAUAUGAAGUUCAUGUCAAGUUUGGCAUUCAUUUACGUCUUUCCCAUAUUAUUUGAUUAUUUCAGUUUUCGUAUGUGUCAAGUUUGGUAUUCAUAUACGUAUUUUCCAUGAUAUUCUUAUUUGAUUGUAAGCUCUGAAAAUAUGUUAAUAAUUUAUUGAACACAUGCAUUUGGAGAAGAUGAAGUAAGUGCACUGUUUACGUCGUUAACAAUUUGAGAAUAUCUACAUUCAGUUGCAACAGAAUUAUCUACAUCUAUUCUAUUUAAAUUCAAAUGAAUUAAAGAUUAUUAACUUAUUCCCUUAUAACUAAUUAACCGAAUAUCUACUUUUGGAGAAUAUAUUAUUUUCGUGUCUUUACUAAAAUAUAUGAUAUUCUACAUACAGUAUUUAUUUUAUAGCUCGGAGAUCAAUCUCACUUAUUUAUUAUUACCGUGACCUUUUAAAAUGUUUUCCUAUAUUUUCGAAACAGAAUUACGUUAAAUAUUAUACUACCUUAAAAAAAGAAAUAACAUAAUCUAUUCUAUUGAAAUAGAAGUCACAAUGUUAACUCAUGUGUGAUUUUUAAGCUGGACAUAUCCUAGAAAAAAAAAUUAGUCAAAUAUUAGAAGUUUUAUAACUAAACAAGAUAUAAAAUAAAUUACAACAUAUAUAAAUGAAAGCAUAUAAAAACCAAAAAAAAAUUGAAAAAUCUGUUUUUUUUAUCAGCACACACACACACACAUAUAUAUAUAUAUACAAAUCAUAGAAAUUGUAUGAUUUGGAAAUAAAUAAACUUAAAAAUGGUAAGUUUAGAAAUAAUAAAUAUUAAAAAACAAAUGAUUUAUCUAACAUACCACUUUAGUUCUUUACAUUAAUAACACAUGCUGCCAACAAAUUUAUUUUACAAAAACUUAAAACAAAU